AUGCUACAAAAUGCUUCGAUCAGUGAAGUCAUUGAAUUGAAUAUAACUACACAACCAAUUGGAUUUGUUACCAAAUUGCUUAUUAAAAUCUUAGAAGAAAUUCAAAUGGACGAAAAAAUGACAAAUGGAACAGAAGUUGAAAUGAUGGAAAAGAUUAGAAAUGAAACAAUGGAAAAGUUCCACGAUGAUAUGAUUAACAUAACUGAUUUGCUUAAGCCAAUUCUUUUGGGUGUAAUUAUUGAAUUGAAAAAACAACUUGCUUCAAAAGAACGAGCAAUUAGCUUAUACGGUGCUAUUCAACGAGUUACCGGUGAUUUUUGGGUUGCUUUCACUAAUUCAGUCAAAACAAUUGGCAAUUUUCUUGAUAUAUUAUUUUCACCGCAUUUGAAAUCUUUGGAACCUCCACCAAUAAAAACAACCAUUAGCACCACUUCAUCAAUCAACAAAACUUUUUCAAUAUUACUGAAUAAAUUUAUGGAUGAUUUGGAGAUUGAAAAAGAAGGUCGAGAAAAAGGUGUCAAAUUGUUUAUCGAGAAUCACAAAGCACUCGUGAAUAUUGGAUUACUGAUUGAUGAUGUGAUAGAUUUGAUACGCGAAGGCAAAGAACCGUUCCUGAAAUUAUUCGCAUUACCGUUAUCUUUACUGUUUUACUCAUUGGACCUAACUGAAGCUGGUGAUAUACUCGGAAAAUAUGGCUUAGAAUUUAUUUUGGAUAUCAUUACGAAUGAUAAGUGA